UAAUGGCUCGUGGUCAACAAAAGAUCCAAUCGCAACAGAAGAAUCAAAAGAAGGCUGAUGCCGCAAGAAAAGCCGGAAUCGACCAGAAAGCUGCAGCUGCCAAGGCACUCAAUCACAAAUGUACCGUCUGUCUUGCCAUGAUGCCAGAUCCAAAAACUUACAAGCAACACUUCGAGAACAAGCACCCAAAGAGCCCACUUCCAGCAGAACUCGUUGAAGCUUGAGCACCCAGUAAUAUUGAAUUCUUCGAAAAUGCACUCCAUGUCACCUCUUUCAGUCCCAAAAACACUUUAUUUUCUGUACCGCACCAUUUUCGAUCAUAAUCAUUUUUCUAAAUUUUGAAUGGCUGCAGUUAAUGAAAUUUAUCGAAUUAUG